AUCGUGACGUUCCGUCGUCGGGUCCUCCCAUCAGAUCAUUCCUGUUGUCUCUUUUGUUGUUAGUCGGGAGAGCCUGAGGUCUGCUGGUACUGAAGGCUAGCAACUAAGAGUACCAGAGGCGAGACCUCGCGGACCCCUGCUUCCCCAAAGAUGGCCCAUUUCUCCAGCGAGGACCAGGCGAUGCUGCAGGCGAUGCUGAGGCGGUUGUUCCAGAGCGUGAAGGAGAAAAUCACGGGUGCCCCUUCCCUGGAGUGUGCCGAAGAGAUUCUUUUACAUCUGGAGGAAACUGAUGAAAAUUUUCACAACUAUGAAUUUGUGAAAUACCUCAGACAGCAUAUAGGCAACACUUUGGGUUCUAUGAUUGAAGAAGAAAUGGAAAAAUGCACAUCUGCUUGGAAUCAGGGUGAAGAAUGCAGCUAUGAUACAGUUGUACAGCAGGUCACUAAAAGAACUCAGGAAUCUAAAGAGUACAAAGAAAUGAUGCAUUACCUGAAGAACAUUAUGAUAGCUGUGGUCGAGUCUAUGAUUAACAAGUUUGAAGAAGAUGAGACACGAAAUCAAGAAAGGCAGAAAAAAAUCCAAAAGGAGAAAAGCCGUAGUUACUGCACAGACAAUUGCUCUGAUAGUGAUUCAUCAUUCAAUCAGAGUUACAAAUUUUGUCAAGGAAAAUUACAAUUGAUUUUAGACCAGUUGGAUCCUGGGCAACCUAAAGAGGUGAGAUAUGAAGCCUUGCAAACAUUAUGUUCAGCUCCUCCAUCUGAUGUCCUGAACUGUGAAAAUUGGACUACUCUCUGCGAAAAACUGACCGUGUCUCUUUCAGAUCCUGAUCCUGUGUUUAGUGACCAGAUUUUAAAAUUCUGUGCACAGACAUUUUCGCUUUCUCCAUUACAUAUGACCAAGGAAAUUUAUACAAGCUUAGCUAAGUAUUUGGAGUCAUACUUUCUUUCUAGGGAAAAUCAUAUUCCUACUCUUUCAGCUGGUGUAGAUAUAACUAAUCCUAAUAUGACUCGCUUACUUAAAAAGGUUCGUCUUCUAAAUGAAUAUCAGAAAGAAGCUCCAUCUUUCUGGAUUCGUCAUCCAGAGAAGUAUAUGGAAGAAAUUGUGGAGAGUACUUUGUCCUUGUUAACAGUUAAACAUAAUCAAAGCCAUGUUGUCUCACAAAAGAUUUUGGAUCCUAUCUACUUUUUUGCAUUAGUUGAUACCAAGGCUGUGUGGUUCAAAAAGUGGAUGCAUGCACAUUAUAGCAGAACUACAGUAUUAAGACUUCUUGAAAAGAAAUAUAAGUCUCUGGUAACUACAGCCAUUCAACAGUGUGUUCAAUACUUUGAACUGUGUAAGACUAGGAAAGCUGAUGAAACUUUGGGACAUUCAAAGCAUUGCAGAAACAAGCAGAAAACUUUCUACUACUUAGGACAAGAAUUACAAUAUAUUUAUUUCAUUCACUCACUGUGCCUUUUAGGAAGAUUAUUGAUCUAUAAACAAGGCAGAAAACUAUUUCCUAUUAAGCUGAAGAAUAAAAAAGGUUUGGUAUCCCUCAUAGAUCUGCUUGUUCUUUUUACCCAACUUAUCUAUUACUCACCAAGUUGUCCAAAGAUGACAUCAGCUGCCCAUUCAGAGAAUUACUCUCCUGCAAGUAUGGUGACUGAAGUUCUAUGGAUACUCUGUGAUCAAAAAGAAUGUGCAGUGGAAUGCUUAUAUAACAACAUUGUAAUAGAGACACUUCUUCAGCCUAUUCACAAUUUAAUGAAAGGAAAUGAGGCAUCUCCAAAUUGCUCUGAGACAGCUUUAAUUCAUAUAGCUGGUAUUUUGGCAAGAAUUGCAUCUGUAGAAGAAGGGCUUAUUUUACUCCUUUAUGGAGCAAAUAUGAACUCUUCUGAAGAAAGUCCUACAGGUGCUCAUAUAAUUGCCCAGUUUUCGAAAAAACUUCUCGAUGAAGAUAUUUCUAUAUUUUCUGGAUCAGAAAUGUUGCCUGUGGUUAAAGGAGCUUUUAUUUCUGUGUGUCGUCACAUAUAUAGUACAUGUGAAGGCUUGCAGGUGUUAAUCACUUAUAAUUUGCAUGAAUCUAUAGCAAAGGCAUGGAAAAAGACAAGUUUGCUAUCGGAAAGAAUUCCUACUCCAGUAGAGGGUUCUGAUUCUGUUUCUUCAGUAAGCCAGGAAUCCCAAAACAUUAUGGCUUGGAAAGAUAAUUUGUUAGAUGAUUUACUACAUUUUGCUGCCACCCCCAAAGGAUUACUACUUCUUCAAAGAACAGGUGCUAUCAAUGAAUGUGUGACAUUUAUAUUCAACCGAUAUGCAAAAAAAUUACAGGUCAGCAGGCAUAAAAAAUUUGGCUAUGGAGUUUUGGUUACACGAGUGGCAUCAACAGCAGCAGGUGGCAUUGCACUAAAAAAGUCAGGGUUUAUUAAUGAACUUAUAACUGAAUUAUGGUCCAAUCUGGAAUAUGGAAGAGAUGAUGUUAGGGUAACCCAUCCCAGAACUACUCCAGUGGAUCCUAUUGACCGAAGCUGUCAAAAGUCUUUUUUAGCACUGGUGAACUUGUUAUCCUAUCCUGCUAUUUAUGAGCUUGUAAGGAAUCAAGAUCUUCCUAAUAAAACAGAAUAUUCUCUUCGUGAAGUCCCAACAUGUGUUAUUGAUAUUAUUGAUAGACUUAUAAUUUUGAAUUCUGAAGCUAAGAUUCGUUCUUUAUUCAACUAUGAACAAUCACAUGUCUUUGGUCUAAGGUUAUUAAGUGUGAUAUGCUGUGAUCUGGACACUCUUCUCCUGUUAGAGGCUCAGUAUCAGGUAUCUGAAAUGUUACUAAAUGCUCAAGAAGAAAAUAUCUUGGAGAUUUCUGAGAGCCACAGGGACUUUAUAAUUGAUGGCUUAUCAGUGGAGAGAAAUCAUGUUCUUGUUAGAAUAAAUCUUGUUGGUGGGCCAUUGGAACGGAUUUUGCCUCCGAGGAUACUCGAAAAGAGUGAUAAUCCAUAUCCUUGGCCAAUGUUUUCAUCAUAUCCAUUGCCAAACUGCUAUCUGUCAGACAUUACAAGAAAUGCUGGUAUAAAACAAGAGAUGGGGCCAAAGAACAAGAAUACCAUAUUCUGUGUCUCUGGAGCUAUGCAGCAUUCAGUGAACAAUGAUCUUGACAAGCUUUUAUUAUGCCUCAAAAUAUCUGAUAAACAAACUGAAUGGAUAGAAAACUGCCAAAGACAAUUUUGCAAAAUGAUGAAAGCCAAACCUGAUAUAAUCAGUGGAGAGGCCUUAAUAGAAUUACUUGAAAAAUUUGUGCUUCAUCUCACUGAAAGCCCAUCUGAAUGCUACUUCCCUUCAGUGGAGUCUACAGAUGGAUGCUUCCCUCUCCGUGACAUCCACAUGAUAAUGCCCGACUCACCUGUAAAGUUUCAUCUAGAAUGUAACCUCUCUUAUUCCUAAGCAGGAUUCUCUCUUCUCUGCUCCUACUGCAUUCACUUUAAACUACCAUUUUGAUAGUUUUAUUAUAUUGUAUAUGGCUAAAUUGUUACAUUAGGUGUCAAACUCCUUUGUAUCUUCAAUAUGAGAUUUAAUUAUAUAUAUAUAUAUAUACACACACUAUAUUCACAUCUAUAUUCAAAGAAACGUAUUAUAGUUCUGUAACAAUUCUAAAUAUCUAACAAUUCACAUAAUUAGAUAUAUGUGAAUAUACAGGUGACCCUAUACUUAUUUACACAUAAUGAUAUCUAAUGCAAACCUGGGAAAGGGGUAAAAGAGACCUAAGAGAAUUAAAACAAAGAAAUGAGAAGAAAAUACAAGAUACUAUUAAACGAAAGUUAAGGUAGGUGAAAGGAAUUGAUAUCUAUUGAUCACCUCUUUUAAAUUAGGUAUUAUGUUGAGGCACUUGAUAUACCUUGUGUCAUUCAACCCUAUAACUGUUCUCUGAACUAGACAUAAUCAUCAUAUUUAAAAUGAGGAAAUUGAGGCAUAGAGGAAAGAAAACAUAAAUUGGGAAGAGAUUUUAAAGGAAAGCAUUUGUGAAGAAAAUUAUAAUCUUAUGAAUGAACAUAAAAAUUUAUGUGAAAAACAUACAGCUAUUAAUGGUUAAGUUGGGGAGUAAUAGGAAAUGAGUAAGAAGUGUGAUAGUCAUGGAAAUUUGCAUGACCAAAGUGGGCAUUUCUUUAGACUUAAGCAUAAUAAUCUCCAAUUCGUAUAGCUCUCUUUUGCGCAUUGCUUUAUUGGACCAUAUUUUCUGUAGAAAAUCUAAAAUUAAAAUUAUAUUGUAUAUAUUACCUAAAUAUUCAGCAAAACUGAUUGCUCAGUGUGCAUGCAUUACUGCCCUCUGUUAUGUUUCUAAAUUAUGCCGAGUGAGAUCUCAGAUGUCGGCUUUGUUGAAUGUAUUAGCUAGGCAGAUAAACCCUGAAUGCGGAUUUAAAUUCCUUAAAGGUUCCAGCUGAAGCUAUUCACCAGUCUUAUAGUAAAGCCAGAAAAUGAAGUGACUUUCUGUUGAUUGAUUGUUUAAUAUUUAUUAUUGUGAUAUACUGAGCUUGUUGCUAGUACAUUGUUUUCUUCCCAAGGCUUUAGGUAUUCUCAUCCUUUAUCAAGUAUUUUUUUGGCUGGUGGAACAAUGAUUUUUUUAUUAUAGAAUUUCACUCUAUUUGCUUUAAAUUAAAAAUUGUUUUGAUAUAAAAUGUUUUAAAACAAAUACUGGGUAGUGUAUUCAAUUUUUUUUAGGUUUCUGGAAAUGAGAAAUUGAUUAUCUUUUAAGAAAUGACAGCCUUCUAAACCCUAAGGUAGUUGAAAUUAGAAUUACACAAUCAUCCAUCUGUUGUUAGCUCCCUCAGGAUUUCAAUACGUUAUAAAAUUUGCAAAUCUGGAAAAAUCAAAUUAGUUUGGCUGUUUAUCCCUUUAAAGAAAGAGGAAAGAACAAACAGAUAAACUUCUGCACAUUUGCAGUUUGUAAAUUCAUAUAGGUAUCUUUCCAUAUCUUAACAGACAUUUCCUUUUUGUUGGUUCAAUUCCCUGGAACAAGUUGGGAAUUUUUUUGUAGUGUAAUUGCUUCUUUGAAAUGAUAAAUUAAAUGGCCCUUUCAGGGUGAAGUGUAUUUUUAUUUCUUUUCUCUUCGUAAUGCUAGUUAAUCAAAAUGUUAGAAAAAAAAUCCACAUUUUGCUUGUUUCACCUUUUGAUUAUUAAAAUAUAGUUUUAAAUUUAAUUAAAUACACUUAAACACCUUUUAUAUUUUCUUUGAAAAGCAAAAAUGCUCUCUUCUAUCUUACAUUUAUGAAACGUUUGUGAGUAAAGCACAGUGUGUGAUAAUUGCAAAGAGAUAUUUAAUAUGAACCUUUCCUCAGGAAGGAAAAAUAGGACAUAUACCUAAAAUUAGGAAUUAAACAAAUUGCAGCAUAUAGUAAGGUAGAAAAUAAAAGAAACAAUUUUUCAGCUGGCUACUUUGUUUCAGGCAAUGUGCUUUUUAAUAUGCUAUUUGAAUUUGGUAAUUGUCAAUGAAGGGUUUUAUUUUAAGGGCCACAGGUGUCCAGUAGAAAAUGACAUCAGUGUCAAAUUGGUGCCAUCAUGGAAAAUAAGAGGAGGAAGCGUUAAUAGAGAGCAGGUGUAGUACUUGUGCUGCCUCCUGGGAUAUUAGAAUGGAAAGAAGCAAGAGAAGAGGGGGAAAGUCUUCCAGGCAGGGAUAAUUGCAUAAUCAAGACAUGGAAAUGCUAUUUUUCCCAAAUUACACUGACUACAUCAAUUAGGAGGCUGAGACAUGUACAGUAGACUGGUCACAAGGUACUGAAUUCUGUGGUAGUAAGAACUGAAUAAAAUGCAUGGAUACAAUUACAUAUUAGAAAAGAAGCAACAGAACUUACAGACUGACUUUGGGAAAGGAAGCAGGGAGGAAGAAAUGUAGUCCGUUGAUUCCUUUGGGUAGUUAGAGUUUUCUUAAGUUAGGACAGGUAAGGGAGGGCAUUAGGAGAGUCAGUAAGCAGCCAACCAGUAACUGCCUCUCCAACCAUGGAUUUGUCCUCCAGUGGAGAAAUUCUUUACUCUUCUGAAAAUUUAUUUUUUUCCAUACUAUUAGGUGCCAGGCAGAAUAGAUUUAAUUUCUUCUACUGCUGUUGUAUGUGCUAGCUUUGCAAACCAAAAACAGAACAGAAUGCAUGACCCACACUGAGUGAUAUCAGUUCAUGUGACAUAAAUUUUGUCAACUCAUUUUAUUUUGAAACUAUUGCAUUUAUAGUUAAAAGUAUUGGUUAUUUUGAAUAAUUUAAUGAUUAAUUCUAGCUUAGAUUGAAUUAAGCAUUGUUAGUAAGUGGGUAAGUAUGAUGCUAUACAUGUCAUUAGCGUGUAUAGCAUCAUACAUUAUUCUUUUCAUUAUUCUUUUCACAGUGACUUCAGGGAGUGGGAGCUAUCUCUUCUAUGUGUUACUUGAUUUUAAUAUACAGAAAAUAUUUUUAAGUCUAUGUCUGUUUUCUUCUCCAUCUUGCUUCUAGUCUGAUAUUUAAAGUACAAUUUCUUUUGUUGCUAUUCAUUGGAUGUUGGUUCAUUCAUUUACUCAUUCAUUCAUUCAUUGUUUAAGUAUGUGUUAUGUAUCCUACACACUGUUUUUCCUAGAUCAAUUAAUUACUCGUUACCAACCAUGCAUAUGGAUCAAAAUCCUCUGAAGACGUCCAUUUUUAAAAUUAUUUAAUUUUACUUAUUCAUUUUUCCCAUCGAUUUUAUUUUUGAGAUUUCAGUUCCUGCUUUAUAAGUUAAUGUAGUCCAGAGUUUUAUAUAAUAAAAGUUUCUUCCACCUAACUUUUGUUGUCUGAGAUGUAUUUGGAAUAUAAAAUUUGCUUGCUAAGUUAUCAUUGUGUAUCAAUGAUAUACAGUGAUUUAUUGUAUAUUGAUAUUGUAUAUCAAAUAUAAUACAAAUUUAAAAUGGAAACCUCUUUUUUUUUGUUUUUGUUUUUUUGAGAUGGACUCUCACUCUGUCACGCAGGCUGGAGUUCAGUGGCAUGAUCUCAGCCCACUCCCACCACUGUCUCCCAGGUUCAGGCAAUUCUUCUGCUUCAGCCUCCCAAGCAUGUGGGAUUACAGACAUGUGCCACCACGCCUGGCUAAUUUUUGUACUUUUAGUAGAGACCAGGUUUCACCAUGUUGGCGAGGCUGGUCUUGAACUCAUGACCUCAGGUAAUCCAUCCCUCUCAGCCUCCCAAAGUGCUGGGAUUACAGGCUUGUGCCACCAAGCCUGACUUGAAGCCCCUUUUUAAAUAUAUGCCCCUAACCCAUUUUCUGAUGUCUUCAUUGCUGCUUUGGGGAAGUUUUUAUUCCUUGCAUAUUUUUAUCUGCAUAGUUUUGUUCAUACCAAAGUUAUAUACAUCUCUUUCACAUCAGUGAUUUUUUAAAAUGGAUAUUUGAUGUUUGUUUUGGUAUGCCAACACCUCCAUAUAUUCUCAUUUAAAAGCUUUUUUGAGAAUUUGCUACACUACAUUAAAGUGAAAUUUGGAUAGUGUUGUAUAACUGUCCAGUUGUAACUCUAUCUAAAUUUUUAACUUUUAUUCCUUCAAAUGUAAAUCUCAACUUUAUUGUAUAACAAAUAAACUGUAGAGGCCUUUAAAAAUACAAAUGACUGGACAUUCCCUCUUGGCAAUCUUAUUUAGUAGUCUGGAGUCGAGUCUAUUUAUCUUUAGUUUUAAAAAGUUCCUCAGAAGAUGAACCACCAUAGUUUAGAACCAUUAUCUGUUGAAAUGUUCAGAGUUAAUUUUUUACUCUGAAGAUACAGUGUCAUAAAGUUUUAGGGAGGGUCUAGACCUUGGAAAUUAUUUGUACAACUCUAAGAAAGUGAAAGGACUCAUCUCAGGCCUCACAACUAGACCACUAUGUAAGAACUCUUUUCUUUCACAGAGAAGAACUAUUUAACACAUCCAAUUCCUUUGGACAACUCCUCUCACCUUGCUCCAUAACUUUAUUACAUUCUUCACUGAUGUGCUAGGUCAGUGUUUCCUGAUAGAAUCCACUGUGGUCUGUGGAACACAUCAUGAUGGGAAUGCCCAUUCUUAACACCUUUCUCCACCCACUGCACACUCAUCCUUUACCAGUAAGAUAUCUAUCUAUAUCAUACUUUCCAGAAGAGAAAAAACAUUAGUAUUACUAUAGGCACACAGAUCUAUAUGUUAAGGUUCAACUUAAAUACCACUUCUUCCUAACUAGACAUCAUCUUU